GAGGAGAAGGUGCGAAUCGAGUGAGGAUGAGGGGUGAGGGUAACGGAAACGAUGAGCGAUUCACAAGUACAGGUGGCGGUGGAGGUGGCGGUGGCGGUGGAAUUAGGAAGAAAGGGAGUGGGGUGAGAGCAUGGCUGGUUGUGGAAGGGAGUGGUGAAACGCAGGUAGUGGAAGUGGGGAAGCACGCGAUCAUGAGACGCACAGGCCUCCCCGCACGUGACCUGCGAAUCCUUGACCCUCUCCUCUCAUACCCUUCCACCGUUCUUGGGCGUGAGAGAGCCAUCGUCAUCAACUUGGAACACAUCAAAGCCAUCAUCACCGCACACGAGGUUCUCCUUCUCAAUUCUAGGGACCCCUCCGUCAUCCCUUUCGUUCAAGAACUCCAAUCUAGGAUCCGUCGUCACCACCAAGCUCACCAUCAUCCUAACUCCGACUCCUCUAAACUCGAUCAAUCACACCAACAUCCUGAUGACAUGAAGAUUCUCCCUUUUGAAUUUGUUGCUCUCGAGGCAUGCCUUGAAGCUGCUUGCAGUGUCUUAGAGAACGAGGCAAAGACGUUGGAACAGGAGGCUCAUCCAGCUUUGGAUAAGCUCACUUCAAAGAUUAGUACUCUCAAUUUGGAACGCGUUCGUCAAAUUAAGAGCCGCUUGGUUGCCAUUACUGGUCGUGUUCAAAAGGUAAGGGAUGAAUUAGAACACUUGUUGGAUGAUGAUGAAGAUAUGGCUGAAAUGUAUCUCACGGACAAGUUAGUCCAACAGCAGCUGGAUAGUACUUCUGCCUCAACCAUAAAUGAUGAUGAUGAUGAUGAUGAUAAUGGGAACGACAUGGAUGAUGAAGAUAUGGAUAAUCCUCCAGAAAUAUCUUUGGAAACUGGUGGAGCCACUGCAAGUUAUGCGGAUCAUCAAAAUGUUCAUAACUCUGCAGACCAAAUGUUUGGUGCGUCCCAUGUACUUACCAGGGACAGCCAUGCUAGCACUACCUACAGUGCCGUAACCAAGCAUCUUGAUGUAGAGGAGCUUGAGAUGCUCUUGGAAGCAUACUUUGUGCAGAUCGAUGGCACAUUGAACAAGUUAUCCACGCUGAGGGAGUACGUUGAUGACACAGAGGAUUACAUCAACAUUAUGCUGGAUGACAAACAGAACCAUCUCCUCCAAAUGGGAGUCAUGUUGACCACGGCAACCCUGGUAGUGAGUGCCUUUGUUGUUGUGGCUGGUAUUUUUGGCAUGAAUAUUCAUAUCGAGCUAUUUGAUCCAAAUAUAGCUGGGAUGAGAGAGUUCCUCUGGACCGUUGGUGGCAGCACUGCAGGGACCAUAUUCUUGUAUGUAGUUGCCAUUGCCUGGUGUAAGCACAAACGCUUGCUGGAGUAGCGGGGCAUCCAAUUGUGUUCCAUAUAGGAAUGAAAUGUAGUUUGAAAGUUACUUUUCAUUUAUGUACUAUGCUAUAAUCUAUAAUACGAGACUGCUACAGUAUCUGGUUGAUUCUUGUAUACAUAUGAUCCUUCAACUUCAACUACUUUGUUCAUCUUUCAAAUUAUUCUGUGGACAGAAACAUUAGUUUACGUACACUUUUGCUGCAUUUCCAGUAACAGUUAUGUUAUUUACA